GCAGAGCAAAAACCUUAAAGAUUGAUCUAUAUUAAGAGAAAACAUUUCUGUUUAUUAUAUUUAAAAGAAAAAACGAGAAUAACAAGGAAUGCAAGACUGUAGAAGAAAGCGAAAUUAGAAAGUUUACAAUGGUUUUGCUUUCAAUUCCAAUACAAGGAGAAGGGAUUCCCAAGCAGAAACCAAAGAUCCGUCCAAUGAGUUUUCCAUGCGUUCUUGGCAUGCACGAAGUUGGAUGGGACGAUGGUACCUUUCACAGCAGCACUGGAGCUGCACAAAAACUUGGAACUAGGCCUUCGAAUGGCGGAACCAAGAACAGCGGCUUUGAAAUAGUCGGUGGGAAAUCCAACGGGGAAGUUGCGAGCUAUCUGUUUCAGCGACAAGGAGUUGCUACGAGCUUUUCAAAAACCGUAGGAGAAAAAGAAGAAGGAGGUUUUAGUGGCCAGAGAUGGUCGUCGAAUGAAGGCAUGAAUGAGAACGAAGAAGACGAUGCUGAACUUGACGACAAGUUCCAAAACUUAGCUCUGAAUAAUAAUGAAAAGAAAGCAGACACUCCAAUUGAAGAGAUUGCCAGCACAGCCAAAAAACUAUGGGAAGCCCAAGAUUCUGGCGAGGAGAAGCAAGGCGUGACAUCUGGCAUCUUAAUGGGCGACCAGUGGCGCGACAAUGCUUGGGGGCCAUCUGUACCCCAUGUCACACAAUCAGAACAUGCCGUCUCCCAGCCCAUCAUGGUGCAGCGUCCAGUCAAGCCUGGGGCAUACAAUGGGAAUAAUUCAGACUCGCAUGGUGUCCUGUCACCCCGGUCGACAGAUGGUGUUGGCUUGAGCAUGGUCGAGUAUGUUCUGAGGUCCUCACCUGGAGGCCAAGAACUGGACUCGCAGAUUAUGAAGACUGGAUUUGGAUCGUCACCACCGGGAGAUCACAGCAAGGGAAAAGGGACGCCAAAAAAGACUAGGGCAUCACCUUUUGAAGAAGAGACAGAGGAAGACCUGGAGGAACAUGAACAAGACUUGAACACCCCUCAGGCACACAAAAAGCAGACUGGGGAGGACAAAGACAAAGCACAUAGUACAUUCAGCCGAACGCCAGGCAGUCGCGACCCUUCCCCAACCUCCAGCAACUCCCAGAACUCCCAGGAUGCAUUGCAGUCAAGCCAAGCCUCCAUCUCGCAAGCCGCGCCAAUGCCUAUCAAGGCAAGACCUAGCGAGGGUCAUGAGAACCAGUCGACACCAAUCGCCCUGAUAGAUCCCCUGGACUCUGUCCAACUGGAGCAGCUCUCAUUCGAAAACCAUCACCAAAUAAUGCCUGGUACACCGGUCAGCCCCUCGGAGCUGGCUAUGGUGUCAUCAGGGCUCCUGUCCACAUCUCAGAUUCCUUCAUCCAUUCAUCUAUCCACACAACAACAAAUUGCCAUAGCGGUUGCACAACAACAACAGCAACAGCAGCUUGGGCUACAGUCAGGCUUGCCCCCACAGAGUCCAUAUUACAUCACAGCCGCCGCCAGCCAGGACCCAUAUGGCAACCCUAAUCUACAGCAGGUGAAUCCGGGUACAGCAGUAGUGCAUCCACAGUACGCAGCAUACAGUAUCCAGCCCUGGGGUGUCUACCAGGCGGGAGCUUCAGGCGCAAGUAACUUCCUCCAGCAACAACAGCAGCAGCAACAGCAGCAACAACAACAGCAAGCGCAGAUGCUCAGGACGCAAGGAAGUGCUGCAGUUGGUGGUCGUCCCAUGCAAGCUCAGUCCCAGAUGGAGCUCCUGGGGAACCCCCAACAGCAGUCGAUGCCUGGAGGGGGGAACUAUCAGCUGUUAGCUCCUCACGGCGCUGCUCCUCUCGGACUUGGUGCAACGGCAUACUAUGACCAAUCAGGGAAUCUUGUGCUUGGUAAUGCGCAGGGCUUGAAUGGUGUUCCACCACAACAGAUUGCUGCCAAUCAGAUGGGCGCACCACUCCGCAUGGUGUCCUCUGUGAUGCUGAAUGCUGCUGCCAACAACGCCAACAGCAACCCGGCCGGGCGAAUGGGUGCGGCGGGUCAGAUGAAUGGGGCAUCAGGAAUGCGGCUCUAUGGACAGCAGAGCCAGCAACAGCUUUCCGUAAGUGGCCAGAACUCUCUACCCUCCUACCAGGGAAACCAGGUCCAAAUCAAUGGCCAGUCAGUCAACGUCCUUGGCAACAACUUAGGUAUCCUGGGUAACUCAUCCAGUGUAGGUGCGGUCGGCUCUGUGUCAAGCAACAACGGGCGCCGUGAACCCUUCGGCAACGAGUACAACAACUUCCCAAAACGUCAGAACAUGACAGGUUACUAUGCCAGUCCAGGCGGCAUCAACAGCCUCGGGAGCCUAAGCAUCUCGGCACAACCCUCUUACAACAGCCCUCAGGAGCUACCGACCCCGCCGCUGAUCUCCCAAGGUAGCCAGUCAGGCUUCUCUGUGGGUAGCCCCAUCUCCAGUGGUCUCUCGCGUUACAUGCAGAUGUCCGCAGCCCCCGUGGAGAAGAAGUACCAGAGCAGUCUUGCCGGCUUGGGGGGAUCACCAUUUGGCGGGGGUCUUCUCACGCAAAACUCGUACCGCGGAGGACGUGCUAAGGAGACAGGUCGUAGCCGUCUUCUUGAGGAUUUCCGUAACAACCGCUACCCCAACAUCCAGCUCCGAGAUCUGGCAGGACACAUUGUGGAGUUCUCCCAAGACCAGCACGGCUCACGUUUCAUUCAGCAGAAACUUGAGCGCGCCACGAACGGGGAGAAGCACUUGGUGUUUCACGAGAUCCUCCCCGCAGCAUACUCCCUCAUGACCGACGUGUUCGGCAACUACGUCAUCCAGAAGUUCUUCGAAUUUGGCAGCGAGGAACAGAAGCACCACCUGGCCUCAUGCAUUCGUGGUCACGUGCUUCCUCUUGCGUUACAGAUGUACGGGUGUCGCGUAAUCCAGAAAGCUCUCGAGUGUAUCCCGCCCAACGUGCAGGUGAGGCACGAGUUGGUGAUGGAACUGGACGGUCACGUGCUCAAGUGCGUCAAGGAUCAGAAUGGUAACCACGUGGUACAGAAGUGCAUCGAGUGCGUGGAUCCACACGCCCUACAGUUCAUCAUUGACGCGUUCCAGGGACAGGUGUACGCACUGUCCACCCACCCCUAUGGCUGUCGAGUGAUCCAGCGCAUCCUAGAGCACUGCCUGACGGAGCAGACCCUUCCCAUCCUGAACGAGAUGCACGACCAGACAGACCGCCUGGUACAGGACCAGUACGGGAAUUACGUCAUUCAGCACGUACUAGAGCAUGGCACGCCCGAGGACAGAAGCAAGAUAGUCAUGCAGCUCCGUGGGAACAUCCUUCCCCUCAGCCAGCACAAGUUCGCCAGUAAUGUGGUGGAAAAGUGCGUGAGUUUUGCCUCAAGGACUGAGCGUGCUCUCCUGAUAGACGAGGUCUGCAACACCAAUGAUGGCCCUCACAAUGCCCUCUACACGAUGAUGAAGGACCAGUUUGCUAACUACGUAGUGCAGAAGAUGAUUGACGUGGCAGAACCUGCGCAGCGCAAACUCCUGAUGCACAGGAUCAGACCACACGUGGCGACCCUGCGGAAAUACACCUACGGCAAGCACAUCUUGGCCAAACUGGAGAAGUACUACAUGAAUAUGAAACCCCAGGAAUUCCUUCCCUUUCCCAAUGGCCAGCUGCUGUGAAUCCCCUCCCCUCCCCCUCCCCCUCCCUAAAUCAGAACACUCCCCUUCCUUCUCAACAAGCCUUAUUCAUUCUAGUCAAUGUUUUAAGCCAGUGCCCGAAUGCUAAGUAAAAGGGCCAUAACAAGCAUUUUAUUUCCGAAGUGCAGCCCUAAAUAGCAUGUUGAUUUCUUUGCUAGGAUUCCAGAGCUUUUAGCGUUUUACUGUUAACGUCUCUUGCUAUGUCUUUUAACCCCUUAGCGAACAUUGCUGUCUUCCUAUAAGCUAAGGGAGUCUGUUGAAUUAUCGGAAUUACCUUUCGUAGUAUUUUUACCACUUUAAGUGAAUAAGGGGGCGGGUGUCCAAAUGUUUUAAAGUAAUAUAUUUUACUUUUAUAAUACGAAAAUUGUCCAAAGCCUAAAUUGUAAUAAUAUUUCCCUGUACUAAUAUUACAGUUAGUUAAAGAAAGCCUGAUUUUCUAGGUUUCAAUCCGUUAUUAUUGGUACAUAACGUUUGAUAUAAUGUAAGUUGUAAUUAGAAAAAGGGAUCGGUGAUCUAUGCGCAUCGGUAAUUGAACUCAUGUCACGCUUUUGGAUAUUUAUAGAAAACGAUUGAUUUUCGUAUUAAUUUCCGAAAAACCUUAUUUGAAAGUUUAACGUCCUAAAUGCGUGAUGUUUUGUUUCUGGUUUAUUCUGGUUUAUAACUAUCAUUUUAUUAUUUUAAGAGGAGUUUCAUAUGUAAUUUCGUACCGAUAUGUCUAAAUUGUAAAAUAGUGAAGCAUGUAGUUCAUUGCACCGAGGCGCACAGGACUGACCCGUUUAGUAUAUAUGUGUAUGACAAGGAUAAUAUGAUUGCCAAGUGUGUGAAAUAUCAAUUAUAAAUAGGCCAGCACAGUCAAUAAUAGCGCACGUUCAUUGGUUAGUUUGCCUAAUUAAGCCGGGAGGUGUAAAUGUGUACAGAGUGUGUAAAUUGAGGGAACACAAGUUGAAAUGCCUGGCGCGAUUACUGUACAGAUGUAUUAGCUCGCUGUACAGAAAUGAGACUAACAUGUAAAAUUAUUACUACUUUAUCCUUGGAAGAACUGUUUAAUAUGAUAAUAUAUCGAUGCUUUUUCGAUUUAGGGCUCUGGACGGGCCAUGAGAGCAGUGCAAUAUUCCUCCAUCACUGUUUAAAAAUAUUUUCUCUAUUCUCUAUACGACGCCAAAUUGCACUUGCCAAGGCGCGACCCGGGCGCGCACCAUAUACCGGAUGUAAGUCUGCUUUCAUUGCUCGCCCAUAGCCGUUGCACAGUGUAAAGAAAAAAACAAAAUUAAGCCAUUUUUGUCGGUAACUUUUCGUACUUAUAGUACUGUUCAUAUUGUAAUCUAGAAAUUGUUUAAAGUAUAAUUCAGACUAGGGUACUACACCCUUGUACUAAUGUGGAUAAAAUCGAUGUAAAGACCUAUCUACUAAGUACUGUAUUAGGUUUUACCAGAAUCAGUAUAGUUUUACGAUGUUAUUAUAAUUAUUAUUGAUAACCGCUUCCUACAAGCGUCUGACAGGCCCUGGCGGUCAAUUUUUUGUUCCGUCAGCGGUGAGAAUUUUAUUCGUACAAACGUGCGACUAUAUGCAUUAGUAUCCAUAUAACGUUGUAAAAUUGUGUGCAGUUCUUGUAGAGGUAGCGUGUAUAAAUUCUGUAAAGGGACAUCUAGGUCAUUUUCAAUUGCUGUAUUAAAAUCAGUGGUGGUUUCGUUAACUAAA